AUGGGCGAGACAGAAACCGUCGAGCAGAUCCUAGAGCUUGUUCCCACCAUUAAAUUCACCACUACCAAAAAGUUGAAGGAAAUGGUGUCCGUUUUUGAGACAAACAUCCGCUACAUAGGCGGGUUGCUUUCAGCGUAUGAUCUUCUGACUGGCCCCAUGAAAGACGUGAUAAAGGACCCAGAGUCGGUUGAGUGUCUUCUACAACAGGCUCAGACACUUGCAGAUAGCUUGAGCAUCGCCUUCGACACACCGACGGGCAUUCCAGAGGGGGACAUUGUUCUCAACCCCAAGCCUGUGCAACUCCCCAAAGGCCAGAAUACGAUUGCAGGUUUUGGUACACUCGUCCUUGAAUGGACCCACCUAAGCGAUCUCACCGGGGACGAAAAAUACGCCAAUAUGACGCAGCACGCUCAAGCAUACCUCCUCGAUCCUAUGGGCGUACUUGGAGGUUUCCCUGGGCUGCUGGGGAAACAGGUCAGCACCAAGACUGGGGAGUUCUUGGACAGCAGCGGCAGUUGGGGCGCGAGCCGGGACAGCUUCUACGAGUAUCUCAUCAAGAUGUACCUGUAUGAUCCGGCCGCGUAUUCACUGUACCGAGACCGAUGGGUGCUGGCAGCCGACUCAACCAUGGAGCACCUGGCGUCACACCCCUCGUCACGGAGAGAGCUGACUUUUCUCUCUGAUUUUGAAGGCAACGAGACGUUCCCUCGCUCAGGACACUUGGCCAGCUUUGCUGGAGGUAACUUCAUACUUGGAGGCAUCGUUCUUGGCGAGCGCAAAUACGUUGACUUUGGCCUCGCACUUACUGAUUCUCACUACGAGACAUACCGUGGUACCGCCACAAGGAUCGGUCCGGAGGGUUUUCGUUGGAUUGACAGCGAUCACCCAACCGGAGAUGUUCCGAAAGACAAGGUCAAGUUCUACAAUGAGAAUGGCUUUUGGCCCACAUCAUCAAGCUACGUCCUUCGACCAGAAACCAUGGAGAGCAUCUAUCAAGCAUAUCGUGUCACGGGCGACACCAAGUAUCAAGACCUUGCCUGGGAAGCUUUUGGUCAUAUCAAGAAAGCUUGCCGUGCCGGCGUCGGCUACUCUAGCAUCAGAGACGUGAACGCCGCUACCGGCGGGGGCUUCACGGAUUUCGAGGAAAGCUUCUGGAUGGCGGAGACACUCAAAUAUCUCUAUCUGAUCUUUGGUUCCGAGUCGGAGGUGCAGAUCCAGGCGGAGGGGGCCAACACGUUCGUGUUCAACACAGAGGCGCAUCCUCUCAGAGUCAGAAACAGGUCCUAA